AUGUCGAUGCUUGCAAAUAUGCGUCACCUUUGCUAUACUUUAAGCUUGUUGGUCGCCUUGACGCCUGGCGCACAAAGCAUUCAAAAGAACAACGACAACAACACCGCGAGUCAGGCCGACAGCAUCGCAACGCCGCUUCGUUUGGCUGAGAUUCAGCAAUGUCCCGUCUCACCCAAACCAGGUUGUGACGACACAAAUUGUCAAGGCGCCCGGCACCAAUGCGCCACACAGUAUCUCUGCAGCAACGAAAACCCCUUCACUGAGCCUUCCAGCGGUCGCCACCUCAUCCUCGCGGGCUGCAGAUGCUGCCCUCUCCCAAAUCACGUCGAAUGCAGCGACUUCCAGUGCGCUGCACCGGCGGGGACCCGCGUCUGUACGGCCGAACCGCUGAGAGAUUGCACAUGCCAGACAACGGAUGACCGAGUGCGCGCGGUGCAGGAGAGGACCGCCGGAUGGGUGUGGCCGCUGGACAAGAACAAUGACGCUUAUGACGUUGACAUUGAACCGAGCAGCGGCGACGAGGAUGAGGGAGAAAGUGGCACUGCGAGCGGGGUAUCUUCGAGCACUGGUCCUUUGGCUACUAUGCCACCCUCAACUAAUAUACAAGCAUACUAUUGGGCUAUGAACGAUCCGCCGGAGCUGAAAUUUCUUCUUCGGUGA